AUGGCGUCGUCCGCUCCGGCUGCUCUAUGGGACUCUCUCCCCGUCCCGACCCUCGACCGACCCUUUGGCGUGCAUCUAUGGCCGUACUUCAGCAAGGCAUUCGAGCUGGUCGUCGGCUACCCGGCUGACGACUUCAAAUUCGUCGCCGGCGAGACACCCAUGUCGACAUUGAAGGAGACCUCCAUCUUUAUCGUCAUAUACUAUAUGAUCAUCUUGGGUGGUAGGGCGUGGAUGCGCAACCGAGAACCCUUCAAGCUGAAGACGCUGUUCUUGAUCCACAACUUCUACCUUACCGCCAUCAGCGCUCUUCUCCUCGCCCUGUUCAUCGAACAGCUGUUGCCCACGGUCGUUCGCCACGGCAUCUUCUACGCCAUCUGCCACCGCGACGGAGGCUGGACUCAGCCAUUGGUUGUGCUGUACUAUUUGAACUACCUUACCAAAUACCUUGAGCUCUUGGAUACUUGUUUCUUGUUCUUGAAGAAGAAGCCGCUGACCUUCCUCCACUGCUACCACCACGGCGCGACUGCGUUCCUCUGCUACACCCAACUUAUCGGAUCGACCUCGGUCUCGUGGGUUGUCAUCACACUGAACCUGACUGUCCACGUCGUCAUGUACUGGUACUACUUCCAAAGCGCCCGGGGAGUCAAGAUUUGGUGGAAGGAAUGGAUCACACGACUUCAGAUUACCCAGUUUGUCAUCGAUCUCGGCUUUGUCUACUUUGCGUCCUACACCUACUUCUCGAACACCUACUUCCCGUCGAUGCCAAGCGCCGGUCAAUGCGCCGGAGAGGAGUUCGCCGCCUUUGCUGGUAUCGGGACUCUUACCUCUUACCUGGUCCUAUUCAUCUCGUUCUACUUUGCCACAUAUAGCAAGGACCACAAGGCGCCUAGCACGCGCAAGACCCUUCGUCGCAUGUCCCAGGCUCCUCUUCCCGACUCCCAUGCGGUUGCAGGCGCAACUUUGAACGCACAGGCCAAAGCUACUGGUGUCAGGAAGAGCAGUGGUGUGACAACCCGGUCCCGGAAAGCGUAA